UCACUGCUUGAUUAUGAAGUGAAAUGACUAUAUCAAGUGGGAAACCGUGAGAAACACUCCUUCAACAAAUAAUAUUUACUUUAUGAAAGGCUUUUUCAGCUCAGGGUGUAAAGUGGAGUGAUCUGAAGAACAUUAGGGAGAAAAGGAGAAAGAGACUGAAUGAAAAGUAGGGCAAGGUGAAAGUAGAGACACGAAAAGACUUCCACCAAAAGGAGAGAGAGAAAAGACAUCUGAAGAGAAGCGAGCAGGAGCAGAGGAAAGCAAAUAUGCUCCAGAGACAGACACGGACAAAAGGGGGAUAUGAGCUGAGUAGAGGUCUGCUUACAAUGUGGAGCAGAAGGCAAAUAGACAAAAGGGAUCAUAAAACAAGGACGUUUGAAAGUGUGGAAGAGCCCCGAGUGACUUAACAAGUGCCAGAGAUAGAGAGAGAACAGGAGAGUCUGAAUCCUAGAGAUAUACUGUAGUGGGGGAAAGUGAGUGAAGAAAUGUCACACUUUUCAAACAUCACAGACAUGGCUUGUGAAUACUAAUAUAAACGAACAGAUCGACACAAAAAAAAGAAAAACCGGAAGAGGCGAUUGGGAUUGAGGGAGGGGGGUAUGAUGUCUCCCUAGCAGGUGUUUGGGCACAGCGCGGGAUUAUGGGAUUACCGCCAUGCUGGUCAUGUGAGUACGGUACUCGGCACUGACCCUGCUUAUGGCCAGAUUACCCCGGGGAAGGUGAGGUGGCUUCACCCUCUCUCCUCACCUCUAUCUCUCUCUCUCUCUCUCCCUCUCUCUCUCAUCCCUCUCUUGCAGUCCUGUGUUGCUAAUGAUUGCUGGGUUCUCUUGAUCUCCACGGGUCAUGACAGUGUGUUCGCUAGCCCUCGUCUGGAAUUCUUCCUGGGUCUUUUCAUCACAGGCAAUCUAGCGGUGCUGUCUGUGAUUACCCAGAGGGACGUCUGGUUUUUUUUUCCGUCCUUCUCGUGCUCUCCUCUCCUCCUUUAGCGUUUUGCAGUCUUCGACUGGACCACCCCGAUGCCCAGCCCACACUCGUCUGACCUACUGAUACACAGGGGCAGGAUGGUACACAGCCCGGGCAGAGAACAGUAGGACCAUGGCGUGGAGAGGGCGCCCCAUCGGCUGGACCCCACUCUGUGCCUCUCUUCUCCUCCGUCUGACCCUCCUGCUCUACCCUGCUCUCGGCGGUCCAGCCCGCUCGCCCCUCCUCCCCGGCCAGCCUUUCCUGGUGUUUUGGGGGGUUCCCGACAGGGGCUGCCCUGGGCGCCCCGACCCAGCGGCCUUCGGCAUGGAGUGGCAGGGCCGCGUGGCCGUCUUCUACGAGGACACCCUGGGCCUGUACCCCUUCUUCACCAGCCUGGACCAGCCCGUCGACGGAGGCCUUCCGCAGCACACCAGCCUGAACACCCACCUCCAGAGGGUGGAGGCCGACCUGCUGGCCGCCCUGCCCCAGGCCGGGGCUCCGGGUCUGGGGGUGCUACGGUGGAAGGAGUGGUCGCCCCAGUGGAGCAGGAACAGGGGAAAGCAGGGGAAGUACCAGGAGGGGUCACGGGCGCUGCUCAGGGGGUUCUUCCCCGACUGGAGUCCGGAGGAGGUAGAGAAGUGGGCACAGGUGGACUUUGAGGCCGCUGCUCAGGCCAUCCUCAUGGAAACCCUGAGGGAGGUGAGGAGGCUCCGCCCCCAGAGCCUAUGGGGAGUGGCUCCCUUUCCAAACUGCUACAACUCCGGCCCCAUUCAGCUCCUGUCCAAUUACACAGGCCGCUGUCCUGCCGCCGAGAUGGCCCUUAAUGAUGAACUCAUGUGGCUAUGGAAACGAAGCACGGCCAUCUUCCCUACACUGACGAUGGACAGGUUCCCACCUGGGUCCAAGGGGCCCUGGCUUUAUUCCUCCAAUCAGAUUCGAGAGGCCCUGAGAGUGGCAGCUUUGGCUGGAACUGCCUAUGACCUUCCUGUGUUUCCAUUGGUCAGAACGGUCUAUGCAUCGACCAAUGCCUAUCUGUCUGAGGCUGAUCUGGUGAACACAGUGGGAGAGAGUGCUGCCAUGGGUGCAGCUGGAGUCAUUAUGUGGGAGAGAUCCUUCCUAGCAAAGACUCAGAAGUCCUGCUCCGAGCUGGCCUCUUUCAUACGGGAAGUGUUGGGCCCGUACGCGGUGAACGUCACCACCGCGGCGCGUCUGUGUGGCGUGUCCCUGUGCCAGGGUCGCGGGCGCUGCGUGCGGAAGAACCAAGAAGACCCCGUCUACCUUCACCUGCCUUCCACCAACUUCCGCCUCCUACCAGAGGGGGGCGACGGUGUCCGGGCGGCGGGAGAACUCGACCCCGCCUUCCUGGACACCUGGAGGCGGGACUUCCGCUGUCAGUUUUACGAGGCCCUGGAGGGAGCCGCCGCCGAUCAGGAGUCCGGCGGGACGGACACCCGAGGGGCCAACAUGCCCCGCACGCGCAAGCCCCCGACUCUGACAGGACAGGGGCAGGGGCAGGGGCAGGGACAGGGGCAGGGGCAGGGACAGGGGCAGAGUGAGGGGACAGGCGUAACAGUUGGACAAGUGCCCAAGGACAGCAGCACCUCAACCCGCCAGCUCACGGCCCACCUGGUCUUCCUGCUGACGGCGACGGGCCUCCUCCUAAUCUGCUGAACUUUGGGUCAAACGAUAAUAGGUUGCCGUGACAACCUUGGCCUGUAUGACUGUGUGUUAAUUAAUAUCUGCUGCCUGCUGGGAUGAGGCACCAACAAACAAGAGAAGCGGUAACUCUAAAAUGAAAGCCACAUGUAAACAAACAGUGACUCAUGCCUCUGGAUUUAAAAAAGAAAAAAUA